AUGAUUUGCCUUUUGGUGGUUGGCACCGUAAGACCUGUUGCCAGUGUGCUUGCUCCGACCUUCGAUUCUCUGAAACCGAAACUACAGCCUCAGUGACGUCAGUGACAGUAUGCCACGUCUGACCAAGACGAUACGACUGUGCCAGAACUUUGAAUUUUAGGCGCGCUUCUUCAAGACCAUACAGAGUCUCAAAGCGCGCAUGGGGUUACGCGGUAGCGGUGGGAUUACGGACCACAAUUUAGAUAAAAACUUCAACCGACUACGUAGGCUACCAAAUCGUUAACUUGGCUUUGGAAGGAUAAGAAGGAAUGCCUGGAGAUCGCAGGAGCUCACGGGGUCGAAGCCCUCGUACUCCGUACCCAACCCAACGCGGUAGGAGAGUCCAACCAGGUACUCCUCAGCAAAGGACAAUUGAGCAUUACUUUCCUGUGAGGAACAUUGUGCCGGCUCCUCCACCUCCUCCACCUCCUCCUGACACAGGUAUCGAUGCCCUGCCUCAAACCGUGCUGAGGGAUAUCCUGGCCAUGCUCUCAGCUGUUGACCUGCUCCUUAGGGCCAACCUGGUUUGCAGACAGUGGAGGGAUAUCAUCGCUGAUGAUUGGUUUUGUCAAUGGAAGAAGCGCUACCUCCGCUACCAUCGGCAGGGGGAAGCAGGGAAGCAAGAAGUUAUCUCCAUUCUUCAGGAAAACCACAUGACAUCAGACGACUACAACAACCUCUGUUUACUACACAUGGCAAAGUACAUGUCUCAGACCUUCCGCAGAGACGGAGACAGAGAGGAGAGGAUUUUAGCGUCUAUUAGGGGUCAUCACCUCUAUGAGCAGGCCAGAGCCUGCAUGCCAGAGGACAUGCAGACGGGUGAAGACCCGUGGUCAGCUCUGGCCCUGAUGUUGGUUCUGGCUGAUGGGGUGGGAGACGUGUGGGAGGUGGUGGUCUGUCUACGGACCCCUCUGACCCCUGAGCAGCUCUCAGAGUUCCUGUGGUGCACUGCCACACUGCUGCGCGCCAUGGCAGACACACGUGUCAAAAUCAGCAACCGGUUGCACUAUAAUAUUUUCCAUGUGUUGCACCUUAUGGAGAACGUCCUUCCUUCCAACAGAUCAGAGGAACCCCUAAUGCUGAAUGGUGUGAGGGAGAACCAAUUGACCCAAGAACAGAAGCAGAUUCUGAAUCACAAUACAGAGGGAGACCAUGUGGUCAAAAUCAUGGCCUUUGCUGGUACGGGGAAGACUACCACACUGGUCUGUUAUGCCAAGCAGAGGCCUGAGCUUCGUUUCCUGUACGUCGUCUUCAAUAAAGCGGUGCAGGAGCAGGCAGAGCGCAUCUUCCCUGGCAACGUUUCAUGCAAGACCUUCCACUCCCUUGCCUUUGCUGCUGUGGGACAGAGGUAUCGUGAAAAACUGCAUCCGAGCCUGAACCUUUUCUCUGUCUUCGGGGUGAUGCCCGAUGGCGAACGCAGCAUUGUUUGGGCCAAGGUGGUCACUAAGACUAUCAACAACUUCUGGGCCUCCACAGACCAACACAUAGAUGCCCAGCAUGUGCCUGAAUGGUACAAGAAUACGCGUGGGAACAUGUGCCGGCCUAAUAAAACUGAGAAAACGAGGUUUUUGAACUGUGCCAGGCACAUAUGGAAGAAAAUGAAAGAGGUUGAACCAACCUCCGAGUCGGCCUAUCACAUGUGUCAUGAUGGAUACCUUAAACUGUGGCAGUUGGAGGGUACCCAGAUAGAACACUAUGAUGUCAUCUUUAUAGAUGAGGCCCAGGAUUGUACCCCAGCGACCAUGGACAUCUUGAUGUCUCAACCAUGUGCAAAGAUCUUGGUGGGCGACCCUCACCAACAUAUUUACAGAUUCAGAGGAGCAAUCAACAACUUAGACAUGAUUCAACACACACACAUCUACUACCUGACACAGAGUUUCAGAUUUGGUCCUGAGAUCGCCUAUGUUGGUGCAACCAUACUUGAAGUCGGCAAAAGAGUUAGGAAGACACUGGUUGGAGGAGGGCAGAGAGGUUCUGUGCAAGGACAGGACACAGAGAUGUGUCGCCGGUUUCGGACCGGUGUGGGUGGAGCUGAUGGGAGGCUGGCUGUUCUCAGCCGCACGAACUUCUCCAUCUUCAAUGAGGCAGUGAGGCUUAUAAACCUCGAACCCACCAGCCGCAUUUACAUUAUAGGCGGAAUCAAGACAUUUGGCUUGAGUACAAUUCAUGACAUCUGGGCUCUGAAGCAAAGAGACUGUGGGCUGAAUUUACAGAUAAAAGACCCUUUUAUUCGUCGAUUCAGUGAAGGCGGAGUGGGAGGGCUGACAGGGUAUUGGGGUCUGUGUCAGUAUGCUGAGAUCACUGAGAACCAGGAAGAUGGCCUGUCAUGGAAGAUCAAUGUGGUGGAGAAGUAUGGAGAGCAGAUUCCAGACCAACUCGAGCGCAUCCGUCGGAGGCACCAGACAAAACGACAAAAUGCAGAUUUUAUCCUGGGCACAAUGCAUAAGGCCAAAGGACUGGAAUUUGAUACCGUUGUCAUCAUAGAUGACUUCGGUGCACUCCAGGCCUUACCAGCUCAGGAACAUGGAGGGAAUCAAAGCCUUGUUGAAGAUGAUGACUGGAAUCUCCUAUAUAUGGCAGUGACCCGAGCAAAGAGAACUCUCUUCAUGACCAGAACCAUCACCAAUAUCCUCGCCCGUGCAGGAGAGUGCUUCCUGAGGUCAAAGUUGAUUACAGUUCCAGCAGAGAGUCCUCCUCCUCAAUGCUCUAUUGAAGGAUGCUCCAAUCCUAUUAAUACAGAGACCCGCCUUUCCAUGCACAGACUCCCUAUCACAUAUGUUGAUGGUAGGGAGCAAGGUGGCACUGUGUGUCUGGCAUGUGUUAACAGAAUGGUAGGUCACUUGGCCUUUCUGAUGAGCCCAGGGAUAGAGCGAGUCCCCUUCCCUUAAGAGCUCAGAGCAGGAGGAAAGCCAGUGAUGCAGUGAUGAUAGGAAGUCAAAGGUGAAGGUGAUUCUUCACUUUCAUGAGGAUCCAUGUACCUGUGUUUAAGGGCCAGCCUUAGGAUAUCUGCAGACAGGUCACUGCCAUAGAAUUCUAUAUCAAAUCACACAAUUUUAUCGCAGUUUAUAUUGCAAAACUUUUUAAUGGGUUAUGGUGGCUGUUGUUUUCAUUAUUCUUUCUCCAUUCUUUUUAUGCAUUUAAAUGGGUUUAUUGGGUUUAAUGAGAUAAACUAUUCAAUCAUGUGCAUUGACAUGUUCCAAAACAGUGAGCAUAAUAGAUUCUUGACACUCAAAAUUCUGCCAAAUUGACAAGUGCUGGUGUGGCACACUUACAAAAAUAAUUUUAUAUUUUGGUGUGUUGUGUGGUUUGCUUUCUUUGGACAUGAACCAUCAUUGUGCAUGAUAAAUGAUGUACUUUGGUAGAUAAACAAUGAUAUCUCAUUGUUUCAUUUCUCUUCAAUUCUGUGUAAUCAUCCAAAGAACUAGCUAGCUCAGGAAUGAUCAUGCAGUCAGAUCAUGCCUUACUUAUGCUUCAGCACCCUCCAUUCAGCAUGCUUCCUGUAAUCCCACUGGCUACACACCAACAAACAUUGUAUGGUAGGCAGUUAUCCUCAUAUUUUGUAUUCAGGAAGCAUUUAUCUUUAUCACACCAACAAACAUUCUACAAAAACAUUUUUAGUUAUUUGUGCUAUUUUUCUAUUUGUACUAUUGUUGUGUUAUGUCGCACCA